CGCCUCCCCCGGCCGGGGCGUCACACGGGGGGAGCCGGAGCGUGGUGGCUCUUCGUGCUUCGCUCCCUCUGUGUCUCCCUCUCAUUUCUUAGAGCUUUGGGUCUGGUGCCUUGUCUACAACUCCCGCGGGAGGGGGAGAGGAGGGGCAUGCACUGGUCUCGUCUCUGUGGUGACCAGUGACGGGACCCGAGGAAUGGCCUGAAGUUGUGUCGGGAGGUUCAGGCUGGAUAUCUGGAGAAGGUUCUUCACCCUGAGGGUGGUUGGGCACUGGAACAAGCUUCCCAGGGCAGUGGUCACAGCACCAAGCCUGACAGAGUUCAAGUGUGUGAACGAUGCUCUCGGGUACACGGUGUGAAUCUUGGGGAUGGUCCUGUGCAGGGCCAGGAGUUAGACUCGAUGAUCCUUGUGGAUCCCUUUCAACUCAGCAUAUUCUGUAAUUCUGUUAUUCUUGUGCCAUUUUGUUGCUUUGAACCCUCUUGGCUCUUGACUAAUCUCACCCUGAUUUCAUCCCCCGAGGCUUAUGCUAAUUCUGUCAUUUCUCAUGUGUAAUUUUAUCCAUCUGUCUGUGUUCCUCAUUUCUUUUUAUUUGGAUUAUCAAAGCAUAGAUGGUGAUGGUCUCACAAGCCCUCUACUGACAGUGUUGUUCUCUCUAUGCUGCUUUUCUAUUCAAAAAGAAAGUAAGUUGGGACGUGCGUAGAGCAGCUGCAGUUUCAAAGGUGGGUCUUAGAUCUUGGUGCUUAAACUUCCACCUGGCUCUGGGUAGGCUCAUUUAGCCCUCCCUAAGCAAAAUGCUCUAAUGAUUAAAUGAUUUUAAGUGAAGGAAAAAAACAAGAAAGAUAGUUAAACAAUGGAUAGGUACUUAGUACCCUGCUAACUUCUUCAGUUUUGUUUUCUGUGAAAUGAAGCAGCCGUGCUGCCUGCGCUCAAAAGGGAACGCUGAGAGCACGGGAGAGGCAGCUGGAGAGCCUUGAAGGGAAAGGCUGGAGCUUGGAUUUCUCUGCUUUCAGACACACGGACCACUCCUUGAAGAUCUCUGUGCUCUGAUUCACAUCCUCUCUGCUUUAAAUAUGCACGGAAGAGACAGAGGCUUGAUUGCCAUGCAAGACUGGGAGCCCUGGUUCCUUGCUAACCAGACUCUGCACCUGACUGGGCUUGUCUGCUCUCAAGUCUGGACACCCUUAUCAGAAGGGCAAACUUGUGAUUAAGAGUUUAUUUCCAUGCUUCUUGUGUGAGAUCAUCUGUAACCAGCUUUUCCCUCCCUUUCUAGAAGACGAGACCCUUCUAGAAGGAAAGAGUGGUUGGUGAUUCAUGAGCUAGUCUAAUGGCCCUGCCAUUUCUGGUGGGAUUUGGCAAAGAAAAUACCUCCCGGCAGUGGUCCAAGGAAUAGGCAGCCUGGGUUUUGUUGCAUUAUCUGUCACACUGUCACUAACAGAUUAGAGGCUUGAUGGCAGGGAAGCUGAUGGCUUUGUGGGCCCAUCUCUGAGCUCCAAGUCCUCAGCUCCUGUCGUGUUUUCUGACAUUCAGGUGCCUCUUAGCCUGGUGGCUCUUCAUUCUGCUCUCCUGCUCCAUGGGAAAACCCUUGGGUUUCGCCCAGGGCUGGCUGCUCAUCCUCCUCACCUCCAGUUCCAGCAGAUUUCCCGGAGCUGCUUGUUGCCCAGAGAACUCAGCAGUCCCUAAGUAGCUAAUGACUGGUGGUACAAUAUGUUUGUUAUUCAUUUUAUUUCUCUGAUGACUCAAGUAGCUGGGUUGAGGCCAAACCACCUCCUCGUGUAAUCUCCAAGGAGGAAAGACAGAAGAUUUCCUUCUUCCCACUGUACUGAAUGUGCUUUUCCCUGCUCUUUUGAGUGCUGGCUUUCUUUAGCCAUGUGUGACCAAGCCAGUGAGACAGUAACAAAGGCGGGUGUGAAAGAAACAAAAGUUACUGAUGAUGCACAGGGCUGUUUUCUGGGCAUACCUCUCUCUUCCCAGAUUUGGGAAAGAGUGGUGAUUUAGCUCCAAUAUGUGAAUCACUGUUUGCUUGGCAUCCCUUGGGAAUGGUCCUAAUAGCCUUCCCGGAAAAUAAAAUCCUUUCAGAAAUACACAGAAGAUGCAAUUAAUCUUAUAAAUAACUAAAUGUAUAUGUGACUUAGAGAAAAAGGUUUCUUUGGAAAAUGAUCUCAGCUGUCCCGUGUGCAUCUGACUGAUGUUUCCACUAGCUGGGAACAGUGAGCAAAUGGAGAGAAGGGGUCCGGGUCAAAGGGUGCAUAGGCUGUGAGAAAUGCUUUUUUCUUAGCUUUUUGACCUGUUCUUACCCUGGAGAUGUUUCAAACAUGCUGGACAGGCUGUUAAUCCUUUUCCAAUGCUGUGGAAAUCCCAGGUCCAGCAGGGUGUUACUAAAAAAUACAGCUAUGACUGAAGUUAUUCCAGCAUGUAGUAAAAGCAAUGCUUUCCACAAACUCCACUUCCUUGGGAUUAGUAAUGGUCUGAGGAUAAUAAUCCUUCCACGUCCUUGGUCAGUCAUCUCUUCCCAACCGGUCAUCCCUACAUCAGGGAAGUGUUUGUGCUGUGUUUGGUACAGCUGCUUUAACUGCCAAUGUUUCCAGCUUGGAAAAGCAUGCUCUAAAAAGGAAAUUACCAUCUCAGGGGAGCUGGACAGUAGUCACUGAAGUGUCACAGUGGAUUAACAGGAAAAAACCUAUGGCAGUUUGACUCUGCGCAGCACAGAUGGCUGUGAGCGUGGUGAUUUUGAACUUCAGGGUGCACGUGCAUCCCAACACCUUCUUGCUUCUCCCAUGAGAAAUGCCAUCGCCUGGGCUGCUGGCUGCAUUCCUUUGGGAUGACUUGCACCACCAGGAUGUCCUUUUUCCCUGUCACAGCACCAGGAACCCUUCACCUCCCCACCAUCACCCUGCUAUGGGUCUUCCUUCCCUCCCUGAGCCGCAGGGCUGGGAAUGCUUAUGUGCUCUCCCCUCCCUGCCUCACCUUGGUUUUGGGCACCUGGGAAGAAGCUGGGAAACAGAACUCGGUGGCAGACGUGGGGAUCACAGUAGCUUUGAGGGAGGCUGCCCCAAAACAGGUUCACCUGAGGUGAACAGGUGAACAGGGCAGAGAUUUGGAUGUUUAAAACAGGCAGCCUUGCCAUAGUUAACUGAGUUUUCAAAGCACUCAGCUCUUGAUUUUUCAAGCGUUUCAGUCACUAAAGCAUCUCAGAAGGGGGAGCUUUGCCACUUGAACCCAAUAUCUGUCUCGCUGAGAAAUGAGUAGCAUUAAGUCUGGACAGCAGAUGGCAAAGUGUUCCACACGGCUGAGGAAGAGAGAGGGAAUGAUAGUGACACUUCUGACAUCCUGUGAAAGAAACGUGCAUGUAUAUUCAUCUCAGAUAUGGAUGCACACUACAGUGCAGAUGAUUAAAUGGAGUACUUCAUUUCUGGAAAUAGGUGUCUGUCUAAGAGGUGUCUCCCGUGGAAUCAAAAUUUCCAAGACUUCCACCUCUCUUUGGAGCCACUGCAGCCACUUGUGCUACAGUGUUUAGCACAUUUAGCAAAUAUUUCCAUUUAACUCUUAGUCUGCCUUCUGAGAAACAGAAAUGGGCACAUUACCCAUUUAGGAUGUCACUGUGACCUGGCUGUAGCUUCUGAGCUACAUAAUGGUGCUACAGAUGGUGACAGGAUUUUUAGGGGUCUUUAGAAAGGUCAGGCUCUGUGAGGCCUGGCAGGGCUGCCAUUUCUUGGCCUGCUGGAAAGAACUGGAACACUUAGUGAUGCAGGAGUGGUUUGCCUGCCUCUACUGAGAGACUGAGGCAAACAGGGGGCAGGUGAGUGAGCACCACAGGAAAGCCUGGGAUUUGCACAGGUUUUCCAGAGCCCAAAUCAGUAGAAGUGCUGCCCGUGUGGAGCUUCUGGUGGUGAUGCCAUUCCCAGCACACAGGCAUGCAGGGGCAGAAGGAGUGGGUCUGGGGCUGCCCAAUAGCACCCUUCAUUGCUGCUGGUCUUCCCUGCUGCCCAUUCAGAGGGGGUCUGCAAGGGCUGCUCUCUGCCACAUGCUCCAAGGGGCUGAAGAUUCAUCCACCAUCCCAAUGACUACCUCGGAGUAUCUUAGGCUGAGGGAAGCUGACUCAUAUUGGAGUCACUCAUAAUGGAACCCCAAGACAAGGGGAAGAGCGACGAGAGCUUGUCCGAGAAGAACAGAGACUUGCUUCGUCUUGAGGCACAAGAGAAGAGGAGACGGGAGGCUCCAGGGGAGAAAGACCAGUUCCCUGGGAAGACUCCCAUCUUUGCAAAACCCUACAAGACUGAUAACAAAGAUGCGCUGUCAAGGCGCAUUAGGAACGUCCUCGGAGAUUAUAAUGAUUUCAAGGAGUACAUGAGGAAGAAUUUGCGGAAGGUCAUAUGGUUUCCAAAGAAGAUCAAAUCCAGGUCACAGACCAGGAGCAACUGUCGUGAACCGAGCUCCAGACAAACCAAGACAUUUCAGAGCUCAGUGACAGAACAACCGCUUAAAAAUUCGAAGACAUCAGAAUCAUCUGAGCUUGAACCUUUCCUGGAGAAAACCAACUCCACGGAUGCGCCAUCCAUUGAGGACAUAUUGAGGGAAAUGACCUUCACAAUUUCACGUCCUGUGUCACCUCUGCAGUCGCCUCCAAAAGCAGACCCAAGCUCAACAAAGCAAACCAACUCCACAGAUGCGCUGUCCAUUGAGGACAUUUUGAGGGAAAUGACCUUCACAAUUUCACGUCCUGUGUCACCUCUGCAGUCGCCUCCGAAAGCAGAGCCAAGCUCAACAAAGGACACAGAUGGCUCUGCAGCUCAGAAUCAGGGGAUGACUUUAGAAAUGGCCACAGAGACUGUAAACAUUCAUUACCUAGAAAUGAAGAGCAGUCUGGCACAGGCUCAGGAACAUUGCCGAGCUCUCAGCCCAGAACAUCCGUGCUCCUGGACGACCUGCAGCUCAGUGACAGUGAGGAGAGCGAUGACAACCAAGUUGUUGAAAAGCCUCCUUCUGCACUUGUUUCUCCAAGAGACAGUUUUAGCACACGGUGGCCACGCAUUCCCCUACAGUCCCAGCCCAGGAGUGUGGCAUCAUCUUUGUCCAGCAGCUCAGAGUCAGGGAGCAGCAGUGACUCAGAGAGCUCCUCAGGCUUGGAGACCCACCAGACUGUGGGAAUCAAAAGGCCUGGCAAGCCCCUGGUGCACGAUGGGUCCAAGAGGCACCGGAAGGAGGACAGUGACCCCAAUCCAGGAGAUCAGGGCCCAGUCUUCCAGGGACUGAUGCUGCAGUCUAUGAGCUGGGACUGCUCAGCGUGUUCUUGUAAACUUUGGAACGCUGAAUAAAAAUGGUGUAACUGAGCAGUGGUGAAGCAAGGUGCUAUUUGGUGUCCCCUGGUCAUCCUAACUUCAGAGGAUCACAAAUCUGAUAUGCCACUGUAUUAUUAAAUGGGAUGGUCUCUGCCAUUUAAAAGCAGAGCAUUUUAAGUCUCUCUCCAUUGAAUCCUCUCAACUUUGUAAGUGCUGUCUAGUUGAGCUGGCAAGUCUGAAAGGAACAAUCAGUCUAAUUCAGUCAAAGCACAUAGAGGAGAUGUCGGGGGGGUAUCUCUGACCACAGAAGGUACCAUGUACCAUAAGGAGGAGAGAGAGACAGUGCUGCAGUUUAUUUGCCUUGUUGGGUGAUUUGUCCCAGGGAUUUUAGUUGCUGUAAUUACCCCUUCACUCAGCGAAAAGGGGCUGUGUUGGAGGGAUACCUUUUUUGCAGUGUCCUGAUAGUCUGGGUGCAAGUGUUGGCUCCAAGGACAAGUCCCGAGACUUGCUCCUACUUGAGAAGCAACUUGUGUGUUGUUGGCUGAUAAAGGUGUGAUAUCUACUGCACAAUGAACUGAA